AUGGAAGGAUUAGAAAAAGAAGUUAUUGAAUUUUUAAAAAAACAUGAUAAAGAUUUUGAAUACCAAGAAUCAAUAAAAAGAAUAAAAUGUACAGUAACCAACCAUGAAAUGUUACCAAGAAUAGAUAUUUUAAAAAUUCAUUUAGAAUCAAAGAAAUUUAAAAAUGAAAAAUCAAAACAAUUUGAUUUUAAAAUUUAUGAAGAAAAACAAAUAUAUCAAUCUAAAAAACCAAAUAAAUUAUUUUGUUCAAUAACACAAACAGAAUUAAAUAAAGAUAGGGAUGAAAUUGAAAAACACAUAAAUGGUAGAAAAUUUAAAUUGGCAUUAGAGAAAAAAGAUGUAAAUAAAAGUAGAAAGAAGAAGAAACAACCAGAUUAUCUUGUUGAUGAUAAUGAUGAAAAUGAUGAAAAUGAUGAAAAUGAUGAAAAUGAUGAAAAUGAUGAAAAUGAUUUUAUCCCAAAUGAAGAUGAAAAUGCUGAUGAGCAAGAUAAUGAAAAUGAAGAUGAAGGUGAAGACGAUGAUGAAGAUGAAGCUAAUUUAGAUGAAGAUGAAAGAGACUUUAGAAAAAUUAGAUUUAUUGAUGAAACUAUUAGUACUGAUGAAGAACUUUUAGAUGAUGAUGAUAAUGAUGAUGAUGGUGAUGACAACGAUGAUGAUCAAGAAGGUGGUGAUGAUGAUUUCGAUUUCGAAGGUGAAGGUGAAUUUGAUGAGGAAGAUGAUGAUCUCAUGGAAGAUGAUGAUGAUGAUGAUGAUUUUGAAGGUUUUGAUCAUGAAGUUGAUGGUAUUAGUAGUGAUGAUGAAGUUAAUCAAGAGGAGGAAAAGGAAGAGGAAAAGGAAGAAAAAGUUAAACCAAACCAAAAACAACCAAAAAAUGUUGAAAAUCAAAAAAAAGUUGAAACUCAAAAACAAACAAAAGUUGAUCAACCAAAACAAACUAAAGUUGAUCAACCAAAACAAACAAAAGCUGAACAACCAAAACAAACAAAAGUUGAACAACCAAAACAAAAUAAAGUUGAUCAACCAAAACAAAUUAAAAAAGUUGAUCAACCAAAAAAAGUUGAACAACCAAAAAAAGUUGAGCAACCAAAAAAAGUUGAACAACCAAAUAAAGAGGAAAAAACAAUCAAACAAAAAUCUGUUGAGCCAGCCCAAAAAACCCAAAAAAGAAAACUUGAAGAUAUCCAAAAUAAUCCAAAUAAAAAAAAUAAAAAAUAA